UGCAGCUUGUUUUCUUUCAUUUUCUUGAUUCCUAUGCUGCAGGAAGAUGAGAGGAGAAGGAGGAGGAGGAGGAGGUGAAAGCAACAGCAGCAGCCAAACUUAAUAAGUAAUCCUGACAAUUGCUGAUUUCAAAUGGAGGCCUCUGAGUGGGACCCACUGAAAAAUGAUACCCUUCUACCGACCCUGACGCCAGCUGUCCCUCCAUACGUGAAGCUGGGCCUGACUAUUGUAUAUACUGUGUUUUAUUCACUGCUCUUUGUGUUUGUCUACGUCCAGCUCUGGCUGGUCCUCCACUACAGGCACAAGAGAUUCAGUUACCAAACCGUAUUCCUAUUUCUGUGCCUCUUUUGGGCCUCUCUCAGGACUGUGCUCUUUUCAUUUUACUUCAAAGACUUUGUCACAGCAAAUUCUUUCAGUCCCUUCAUCUUCUGGCUUCUCUAUUGCUUCCCAGUCUGCCUCCAGUUUUUUACACUGACACUGAUGAAUCUUUACUUCACUCAGGUUAUUUUUAAAGCUAAAUCAAAAUACUCUCCAGAACUACUUAAAUACCGGUUGCCUCUCUAUCUGGUUUCUCUCUUCAUCAGUCUCCUCUUCCUCUUGGUGAAUCUAACGUGCGCUGUGUUGGUGAGAACGGAGAAUUCGGAGAGGAAAGUCAUCGUCUCAGUCCGUGUGGCAAUUAACGACACGCUGUUUGUGUUGUGUGCCAUUUCACUCUCUGUCUGUUUGUAUAAGAUUUCCAAGAUGUCUUUAGCCAACAUUUAUUUGGAAUCCAAGGGUUCAUCUGUAUGUCAAGUGACAAGUAUAGGAGUGACCGUUAUACUGCUUUAUACCUCACGAGCCUGUUACAACCUUUUCAUCUUAUCUUUUUCUCAAACCAAGAAAGUCAAUUCUUUUGAUUAUGACUGGUACAACGUAUCAGAUCAGGCAGAUCUCAAGUGUCAGCUGGGAGAUGCUGGGUAUGUCGUAUUUGGAGUGAUCCUUUUUGUCUGGGAGCUGCUGCCCACUUCUUUAGUUGUGUAUUUUUUCCGUGUUCGAAAUCCUACAAAAGACCUUACAAACCCUGGAAUGGUCCCAAGUCAUGGAUUCAGCCCAAGAUCCUACUUCUUUGACAACCCUCGCAGAUAUGACAGUGAUGAUGAUUUGGCCUGGCACAUUUCACCGCAAAGUGUACAGAGCAGCUUCGCUCCAGAAAUCUAUGAUUGGGGACAUCAGAACAACAGCUUCAUGGCUUAUAUAGGGUCACUGCAGCAAGAUUCAACAUUGGACACAGAUCGACCAAGCCCUUUGUAGCUUCAGUCAACUACAGCAUUCUAGGAUAUUCCAUAUGAAAAAACCCAAAAACAUGAAGCAUAGCAAUUGUUCUUCAACUGUGGGUUUUUAGAGCACUGUUCCUGGACAUGACUGCCACAGGCUUUCCACAGUUCAAGAAGUAGACAGGUAGUGGUUUAGCUUUGUGAAACCACAUUUUAGUUAAUACCUUGCUCUAAGUCCUGCUAGUUUUGACUCUGAUCCCACAAAGGUUUCCAAAUGUGCUUAACUUGAUGUAUGUGAAGAGCUCCAUUGCAGGACAAGAGCCUUAGCAGGCAUAAUUUAAUCAUUUUCUGUCAUUUAAAAAGAUAGAUGUUGUGCAACUUAAAUGAUGCCAGAGUAUACACAUUCUUUUCUGAGAAAUUUUACACAGUGUAUAUGAAGUUCUUUUUAAGUAUAUUUCAUUUUAUCAAACACACCGUACAAUACAUACAGCAGAGAUGCCUAAACUGCAUGAGACAAUUGACAUUCAAUCUUAAUCACACAACCUUAGAGCCCUGAAAGUGUCACUCCCAGUUUAAAUGACAAUAGUUUUCAAGUUGUAGCAACAUUUUGCUCUUCAAUUCACAACAUUUAGUACUGGAAUAUGCGGCAAGUAAAAUGUUCACAAGGCUGACAGAAGCUGUUACACUGAAGAUUGUGGUCUGGUAGAUCGUCUUCCUCUGAAGAGAUACGUUUUGGUUCACAUUUCCUCAGCACCUGCUGGAAUAAUCCUGAAAUAGGACGGACUGCUUCUGCAAAAGUGGUGGCAAACUCAGCUAAAAGCUCCCAUUGGUCAGACCCUGCUGUCUGACAGAUGUAGCACUUUAGAUAGACUAAAAUGUAUAAGUACCCUUGAAACAGUAAAUUCCAUUCUUAUUGUCUCCAGUGAAUAGCCAGCCUGGGUACUUUUUAAUUUAAGUUUUUUAAAAGGUAUCUCAUCUAAAAAAAUAUUCCAUAUCUGUCUACCACCUACACAGAUGUGGAUUUGUAACUCUCUUUCAGCUUCCCACAUAGGAAGUAAGGAAGGAAGCCUACUUCAAAUAAAAAAUAGUUAAACUGUUA